CUGGCUCCCGGAUUAGAGGAUCAGAAGGGGAUCAAACUACAACAGACCUUUCAGAAGCUAGAAAUUCAAGGGACAGCUGCAGAACAAAACCAGAUACAAAUAGGAACUUUACAAAGUAGAUUCCAUCAUCUACCUGGACCCAGGAGGGAACAGCGUGCCAGCAGUCCCAAACACCCUACCUGCCUUGCCGUGCUGCAAGAACCAUGCCGGACUCCUUUGCCGUCCACUUCCUCAAGGUGCUGAAGGAGCUCCUGGCCUUCGUGCUCUUCAGCUACACAGUGCUGGUCGGGGCACUGCUGCUUGCUGGCUGGACGACUUACUUCUUGGUGCUAAAAUGACAGCUCUUCUUCUGCUCCUGCAACCACAGACUGGCCUAAAUGCAACAGAUCCCACUGUGCAGCUUGCCCUGGGCAUCUGCACAGCAACCAGGAUGACAGUCCCUUUCUCCUGCAUCAACUCUGCGAGCAUUUUCUUUUAUUACUGCCUAAUCACAAUCUUAUUUUCUUAUGUAAAAAAGAAGAAAGCUUAAAAAAUACAUAUCUA